AUUAUUAUUACAGGUAACAACACCUGUCGAUAUACAGAUGGUCCAUGGGAAGCAUGUGAUGUUACCACUGACACAAUGGCUAAAACCCUGACCUUGACCUCUGGUGACACCAAUAACUGCCCACAAACAAAGGUCAUGCGUAAACCAUGCCGAAAAUCCUGCCAAUACAAGGCUGGUAAAUGGGGGCGCUGUGAUCCUAAAACUGGUCUUGUAGAACGUCAGGAUCGACUCAAACCUAACAGUGCUAAAUUCUGUGCUCAGUAUAGAACUCUGACUAAAAACUGCCGGAGAAUGAAAAAGAGAAACUCCUGCAAGUACACAGUGAGUCCAUGGGGACCAUGUGACCCGUCGACUAAGAAGAGGACCAAAGUCUUGACCCUGGUGAAGGGAAACGCCAUCAAAUGUAAAUCUACAAAAGAGAUUCACAGACUCUGUAUCAGACCAGAUGGAAGAGAACGCUGUUUCUUUGGCCAGUGGAAGGAUUGGGAGGGGUGUCUUAAUGGGGUCCAGAAGAAGCAGAGGGAGGUCCUACAGGGGGGAGAGGAAUGUCAGAUCCGCGCGGUCAGGACGAGAGCCUGCUAGUCACAGAAACUCUGUGUAGAGGAAGGAUCUCCCCUCGUGUGCAGUUGGAUCACUGAAAACAAUUAUUAUUAGUGGUCAGGAGCUGAUUUUUUUAUGUGUUAAACUUAUUUAAUUAUUCAUAGUGUCAAUUAUCUUCUGUUCAUAUUGAAUGGGACUAAGACUUGUGGUGUUAUAUAUGAUGAUGUUUCCUUAAUCAUUUGUUAUGAUAUUUAGGAUGCAUAUAGAGAUAUUUAUUUUCAAACUUAAUUAUUAGACAUUUUACAUUUGAUUAAACGUAUGAAUUUUGAAAUUUUUACGCACAGGUUAAAAAUAUUAGACUAUUAUAGUAAUUAUUUUCAAAUGAAAAAUAUUUUACGUCAUCAUAUUAUGGACGACAAGAAGACAGUGCAAUCCACACAAGUAUCAUUUACUCUGACAUAAUUGUCAGUGAAGAAGUUCAAUUUCAAAACGCAAUGGUGCUGAAUAUUUUAUUACGUUUCUCAUUUUCAAUUUUGAUUGAUUUUUCUCCUUUUAGGAUGUGGAAGCCAUGUAUCUCAAUUAUUAAUUUGAAUUUAUAUCAUUGAGGAUGUAUAAUUAGAAUAAGGUCUUGUUAAAAUGUCUCCAUAUUCCCUGAAAAAAUAGAUGGAAAUAUCAGAAGUUUAAAAACAACAGAUGUGAAAGAGAAAAUUUUCUGCACUUAGACUCAAUUUGAUUUAGUUGAGCUGAAAUGUUAUUUCUUUGUAAACACACAAAUUACUAAGGCUUUGCUUUUUGACUUAUUAUUAAUCGCAGCCAGAUGUUGUAGGGACUAAAUAUUUUGUCUGGUGUCCCUACGGCAUCUCGCUUAAACCCCAGUCACAUUUCCAAAAACGACCAACGGCCGACGGGUUUUGAACCAAAAAUGGGAUUCUUCGGGUGACAGUCGGCAGUUCAUCGGCCGUUGUCUUGCCCGAUUUUGACCACUCUUUUUUGUCGGCCGACCAAUUUUUUGUCCAUCGGUCCAAGUUAUAAUAUUUUCUGCAUCGGUGGCCGAUUUCUUCACUUGAAGUUAUCUGUCGACCAACCUUCGAUCAUCGUCCGACUAUCGGCAGUCAGUUUAUUAAGUCGGUCGUCCGUCGUUUGACAAUAAGGGUGUUUAAAAUUUCGGCCGAUGGUUAAAAUCAAACUGUAGCUCAGAGCUCGAUGAUCGGGCGACGGUUGGUCGACUUGAGAAUAUUUUACCUAUUAAGGAUGCAAUAACACAAACAAAAUUUUGAUGCAUGGAUUGAUGUAUAUUUUUUGAACGGAAAUAACAUAAAUAAUUAAUCCGUGAGAUAUAAAGAAAUCUUAAGUAUUAUUUGCUGCAUAGAUAUGUUUUUAUGCAAUUCUAUACAAAAUUUUGCACAAAUUUUAACAUUGAGUCGCAAUCUUAUAAAAUUCUGCCACUUUGCCUUGCAAACAUUAUUCACGUCAUCUAUUUGAAUAUAGAUCUAUGAAAAAAUAUUGCCAAUUUCUAAAGAAAAGAGAUUUUUUGUGUUAUUUAUCCAAGUCAUCGGUGUUUCUAGGAAUCAAUGUGACUGCUCCGUGUCGCCCGAUACUUGUUUCGGCCGAUCAUGUUCUUUCAGCCGACAAGACCAGAAAAUUUAAUCGCCCGACCAUCGGCUUAAAUGUGACCAAGGCAUUACAGAUAUCAACUUAUUAUUUAAUCUGAGAGAUACAUGAAUUUUUUUUCAUGAUAAUCUGUCAGAAAUAUCAUUCCUCUUCAAACUGAAGUUUUAUAUAUCCAUUUUUUCAAAUCAAAUUUUAAAUCAAAUUGUUAUCAUGAUUUUUACUUAUAAUUGAAAUUAUUACAGUGUACAUGUACUUAAAGUAGAUACAUUUUUAUUGUUGUAAAUACAAAUUGUUGUAAAUACAAAAUUUAUAUCGUGACUCUAUACAUGUAGUAGAAAUUUGAUUAAGUAUAAAUUAGCAAUAAAUGGAGCUGUGAAAUACAAAAGGUAAUUUUUGAGGGGUUUUGUUUGAGCACUCCAUGCAGAUUUUCUUUUAAAUGUGAAAUAAAAAACAACGAAAAAAAGUCUCAAAUUACUGAUUAUUUAUUAACAAACUUUUAGAUGCUAAUAUCCUAUCUAUUCUGAUUUUUGUUUUAAUAUUCUAAUAUUUCAUUUGCUGUUUUUUUUUUUAAUUAAAUAUUUAGAUUAAAUUUUGUUCAAUGCUGCCAGACGGAAAUGUUACAGUAACCAUUGUUCAGACGUUACUUUCCAACAUCCAUUUUCAGAUUAUCCAGAAAUCUUGUAACCUCAUGUGAGUGCCGAAGAGAAACAGCAUAACAAUGUCUGUAUACUCUUACCUUUUAGUGAUAGAUGAGACCAAACAUGUUUAUUUUAAUAAUUCAAAAAAGUUUUACCUAUAUCUGAAUGAAAUUUAAAGGCAAAAGAACAAGGUCAAAAUAGAUCGAGGUAUUAAUACAUGUAUUACAUUUUGUCAAUAAAUUUUAAUUUUUUAAGAUUUAUACAGCAGUUAUGACAUUACUUUUGAACCAAUCCAUGUAAUUAUUCCCUCAAGAACUUGCACAAACGUGGUUGUGAGAUAAUUUUAUAGAUUGUUAAACAUUCAGAGGAAACUUGUUUGCCAUUAGCAACUCUCAUUUUUCAUAAAAUUUAACAACUUAAUUGCUCUCUGUGAACUAUAUAAUUAAGGAUAGCUAAUAAAAUAUCUGAUUUUAA